UGGACAUAAAUCAAAGUCAAAAGUAGACCUCAUUGACGUUUACUUGGAUUCUCUAAGUGUCCAAAAUUAAUCAUAAAUAAAUAGAUAAAUUUGCUAAUUGUUCCAUUAAAUAAUAUAUAAAUCUGUUAUGAAAAGUGGUUUAAUUAAAAGAAAUAAUUUCGGUAUUUAAUUUCUCUGAAUUUCCAAUAUAAAGAAUUGACACUCAUGAAGUCAUGAAUGAGAAAGAACAAGAAAAUAUGAAGGAAUUAUAUUCAAUUUUCCGACAAGAAUAUAUUAUUAUGGCUGAAUAUCGAAUGCUACAAACGGAAAACUUAGAAGGAAUUUAUGUUAUACCAUCAUAUGAAAAUUCAUUUGUAUGGUAUGGAGUUAUUUUUGUAAGAUCAGGUAUAUACAAUGGAGGAGUAUUUCGAUUUACCUUAGCUUUACCUGAGAAUUUUCCAGAUGAUAAAGUUCCUACACUAGCAUUCACUUCACAAUUGUACCAUCCAGCAGUUGAUGCAAAUACUGGUGAACUUAAUCUCAGUGAAGUUUUCCCUCACUGGGAUAAGAAACAAAAUCAUAUUUGGCAAAUAUUGAAGUAUUUGCAUUGGAUAUUUUCAAACAUGAACAUCAAAUCACCAGCUAAUAAUGAUGCCUCUAUGAUGUUUAAAACAAAUAAAAAGAUGUUUAUAGAAAAGGCCAAGGAAUGUGUUUCCCUAAGUGCUGACCAUUUAUAUGAUGAUCCUCCUACAGAAGACAAGCAUUACAUAACAUUUAAACCUUAUGACCCAAAAAUACAUGAUGCUGCAAGAAAUAAAAUGCUGAAACCAAGAGAAACUGAUGAAUCUUCACAUGGAAUUUCUUGGGUUCAAGCUGGGACAUAUCAAUCUUUUUCUAAGGAAGAAACUUCAUGAUUAAUUCAAAAACAUAUAUGCAAAUCAAUCAAUAGCCAUAAAUAAAACCCUGUGAUAACAAAGUAUAAACGAAAUGAUGAUAAAAGCACAAUAAUAAUAUAUUUAAAAUUUCCAUUGUAAAACAUUUAUUUCAAUAUAAUAUUAUUUUCCUAUUUUAAACUAUGACUAAAUUAUACAUUUACAAACAAAUAUAGAAUUGAUCAUAUUGUGUUCUAAAAAGUAAUAUUAUAGUAAUUAUUAGCUUUGUAAGGUACAUAUAAAAAAAUAUAAUGAAAUUAAUCACUAUUAUGGCAGGCUUCCAAAUGAUAACCCAUUAUUUUAAAUAAUCUGUAAACAAUAUGACAAAAUGCACAACUAUUUUAUACACCUUGAUUUCACUUUAAUUUGUCAUUGUAUUUAUACUCCUUUCUAUGUAAUUCAGAAUUAAUGUAUAUAAAUUAUUAUAAACUAUUACUCGG